CUCUAGGCUACUUAUAGAGGAGAUGAGCAGCACAGCAGAGCACAACUUGUAAGCUAAGCCGGGAAAAAAAAGAUAGGAAGAAGAAGAUGAGCAGAGGAGGGAUGAGCAGCGGCGGUGGUCGGAGCUCUCUAGGCUACCUCUUCGAGCCGGAGGAAACUACCCCGUAUCACACGACGGCAAAAUCCAUCCCGGAAACCGUGAAGACUCCAGAUACCAAUCGCAGCAGUGCCAAGGAUGAAAACAAGAUGACGGUAGCUGAAGCCGAUCAAGAACCGCCGCAGCUUCCUCCUCCGAAGAGAGAGGUCUCGAACCCGAUACUCUCGUGCAGCAGACCACCUUGCAACAUCUACCAUACCAGCCAGUUAAGCUACAACAACUCUGGGUUUCUUAUCACCGACCGACCAUCGACAAGGGUACGCUGUGCGCCAGGAGGACCGUCGUCGCUUGGGUUUCUGUUUGGAGAGGAGCAUGAGAAAUGAUUGAUUGGAUCUCAUCAGUGCUAAUCUUCAGAAGAAUAUGGCUGAAUGUGUAUGCAUGUGUAUCUUCAUUUAUGAUUGCACGGUUUGUGUAUAAAUUUACUUCUGUUAGGUUUUUUUUUUGGUUGGGUGUUCCUAUUUAUUUGGUAAUGCGGUACUACUGCAAGGGUGUUUCAAAUAUUUGUUUUCAUGUAAAUUUUUGCUGCACAAGCAUAAGUUAUAUGGAAAUUUGAGUCAGCUAUGCUACUAA